GUUUUUCACUUUCGAGUAGUCUGGUUUUUAUCUUCUGGUUUUUUCUCUGCUUCUGGGACUUUUUGAUCUUGCGUUUUGAAACUGUAGAAUGCGAUCAAUUGACUUGUACUGCUGAUUUCUGUGUAUACUACAUUUGUUAAUAAUGCAUCUAGCUAUUUCUCUCGGUCUUCUUUGUUGGCUCACGGGCUUAUUGAGGGCACAAUGCUAUAGUUAUACGGGUGUGGAGAUGGAUUCGACAUAUAUACCAUGUAAUGGUUCCGUACCGGUAAGUAUGUGUUGCCGUUUGGGGGUCACAGAUAAUAAUGGUGGAGAUAAAUGUGGCUCUGGAUCUGCGUACGGUCUUUGCGGUAUAACCGUGGCGCAACUUUGGCGAGAGUCGUGUACGGAUAAAACGUGGCAGUCUCCUCUCUGCUUAAAGUUGUGUGUUGGAGGUACAAGAUCCGAGAUGUAUCCAUUGUAAUAAGGGAUUGCAGCUGAUCAUUUUUAUGUGCAGUAAACGAUACUAGAUCACAGCAUGUUCAGAUGGAAGCUAUUGCUGCGGGAGGAAUGCGGAAGAAUGUUGCAAUGCAAAGGAAGGGAAGUUCAUCGUCAACAAUCAAGUCUCAGAUACAGCAGUAGCGGAUUCUUCAAGCACCCAAACUUCUCAGCCUACAUAUGUAUCCUUGGCCGCGAUUAGCAUACAUGCAUCAGAGUUUGGUUCAUCUAGUACCUCUGCUGUAACCAUGUCCACAGUAGCCCAAUCAAACGAUAUUCAAACAUCAGUCAUGAUUACAACAGUCUACCGACCCCUACCAACAUCAACCUCCCAAUACACCUAAAAAAACAAUCGACAACCUUUGUCAACAAGUCCAAAAGCGGGAAUAGCUGCCGGCACUGCUGCUGGUAUUGUGUUAUUACUGGCACUUGCAUUGGUUUUCUGGAAAAGAGCACAAACAAAAAGCAAACUGCAGGGACUUCCAGCUACAGAAAUCAAACCAUCCUCCUUAGACCUCGACAGCAGACUGACGUACGUAUAUAGAGCGGAAGUAGAUGGAACGAUGCCGAAAAGAGUUGAGAUCCAUGGAUGUGGAAAGAGGAGUGAGCCUGCGGAGAUGCUG